AUGAACCCCUCGUCGCUUUCUGUCUUUCUUCUAACUCUUGUCCUUGUCUCCCAUACUUGCCUCUCUUCGUCUUCUUCACAAACCACCUCUGAACUCUUUGAAGUUUGGUGCAGAAAGUAUGGCAAGUCAUACUCUUCAGCACAAGAAAAGCUCUACAGGCUCAGUGUGUUUGAGGACAAUCUUGUCUUUGUUACCCAACAUAACGAUAUGGGCAAUUCUUCUUAUACCCUUUCUCUCAAUGACUUUUCUGAUCUCACUCACCAUGAGUUCAAGUCCUCUCGUUUAGGCUUCUCACCCACCUUUCUCAGUCUUAAGCGUAAAUCAGAUAGGAAACCCAGCGUAGUUCGUGAUCUUCCUUCUUCAUUAGAUUGGAGGAAGAAAGGGGCAGUCACUAAUGUGAAAGAUCAAGGGAGUUGUGGUGCCUGUUGGGCCUUCUCAACUACUGGUGCCAUCGAAGGUAUCAACAAGAUUGUCACAGGAUCGCUCAUCAGCCUCUCUGAACAAGAGUUGGUUGAUUGUGACAGAGUUUAUCCAAACAACGGCUGCAAUGGCGGACUUAUGGACGAUGCAUUUCGAUUUGUCAUAGAUAACAAUGGGAUUGACACUGAGGAAGAUUACCCAUAUAAAGGUUGGGAUGACACCUGCAUUAAGAAAAAGCUAAAGAGGAAUGCUGUGACCAUAGAUGAUUAUACUGAUGUGCCCUCAAAUGAUGAGGAACAGCUACUACAAGCUGUGGCAAGUCAACCAGUGAGUGUAGGUAUAUCGGGCAGUGACAUGGCAUUUCAGCUGUACUCAAAGGGGAUUUUCAAUGGCCCUUGCUCGACUUCUUUGGAUCAUGCUGUGUUAAUCGUAGGUUAUGGUUCCGAAAAUGGAGUGGACUAUUGGAUUGUAAAGAAUUCAUGGGGGACAAAUUGGGGGAUGAAUGGCUACAUGCACAUGCUGCGUGAUCAUAGCAAUCCCAAGGGGAUCUGUGGCAUCAACACGUUGGCUUCAUAUCCAAUAAAGACAGGGGAAAACCCUCCUCUUCCCCCGCCUUCUCCGCCGCCAGGGCCGACUCGGUGCAAUAUCUUUACACACUGUGCAGCAGGGGAAACCUGCUGUUGUGCCAAGAGGGUUGUGGGAAUAUGCUUUUCUUGGAGAUGCUGCGAGUUGGACUCUGCUGUUUGUUGCAAGGAUCAGCGUCACUGUUGUCCCCGUGAUUAUCCCAUCUGUGAUACAGAAAGGACGCUGUGCCUCCAGAGUAAUGAGCAGCUAUCAACGCAGCCGCAUGCUACUGGGAAUUUAACAUCGAAAGCGCUUGAGAGUAGAGGCAGUUUGAGGAAGUCAAGCCGCGGGUGGGGCUCCAUGAUUCGGGGUUGGAUCCUAUGA